AUGUUCAAUAUAUUCAAUGCUUAUGAUUUACUCACAGUAAAUUACCCACUCUUCCAGUUAAAGGGAAAUAUUGACCCUUAUUGUCAAUGUCAGUCAGUUUUCGUUUCUGUUCACAAUGAUCAUGAAAGAGAUUGGGAAAUGAAGUGGACUUUAUGCGAAUCAAUGUUCAAAGUAUUUGUCCCAUUGUCCAUAGGAUGUAAUACCUUGCAACUAAGGUGUGAACACUACCUCGCCGAGUUUCGAAUAGUGUAUGUACAUAAUCCCGACUCUCCAUAUAUUGUCAGGCCUAUUUAUGUAAUAUGCUGUGAUGAUACCGGGUGGUUUCAAGCUCCUGAGGGAAUGGUUCCCACGAAAGAAAGUGCUUGUAAACGUAUUGGAUUAGGAAUUAGACUGUUGCAAACUUUGACUGCAGAAGCUUUUCUGUCUGAACUUGGAAUGAGAUGCACUUUUUUAACUAAGGAAGAACUCAGUCGUAAAUCAUCGCGGAAUAUUUCAGACUGGUCUUCCGAAGCCUGUUGUCACUACUCAAGUCUCAGUAAAACUUUUGUUAAUAGUAAUACUCCCGAAGAUGUAUGGCAGAAGUUGGCAUACGAGCUCUACGAAAAAUAUCCUCAUAACUUCGAGAACACUAAAUGGAUUGCUUUUAUGGCUUGUACACGUUAUCACCCCCCAAAGAACAUCAAUUCCCAAUUUCUGAGUUACAAUGAAAUACUUCUUCGGACAACAGCUCAUUUCGCUCUCGGAACAGGGGGUUUAGCCUUACUUGGAACGGGGACUUUACAUGCUUGGCCAGAAAAGCUUAAUGAUUUGCAGGUAGUUUUGGGUAAUACAAGAUUUGUUGAUCCAACAUUGAUGGAUGACACUGCUUAUCGACACACUUACUGGGCAGCUUUCGCUACAGGAUUGGGUGCUGUUUGGCAUGAAUUAGGUCAUUGUUUCGGACUGGAACACUAUCCCCGGGGUAUUAUGUUUCGUGGUGAUGAUAUUAAUUUAUGCCUUGGAUUUCCACCCCCUGAUUCUGUUUGUCCACAUGAAUCCAAUGUGAAUGGUAAAUCUGUCCAAGCUACAGAUCGACAUGAUAGUUCGAAUCCUGAUAAUAAACAUAAAAGAGACCUUUGUCAAAUUCAACCCCCGAAGUCAAUGUCCCGUGCUAUACAAUUUUAUCGCAUAGUGCAAUUUCAUCCAAUGAAGUCUCGUUUACACUCCUCGAAUCAAACCACAAAUGAAGAAAUGAAAUCUAAGCGUUGGGGAUUUUGUAGGUCUUUAUGGCAUCAAGGUUCUGCUUUUUGGGGAACAAAGGCGCUUUCUAAACUACUUUCAUGUCCAUGGAUCAUCGAAACACCAACUUUAGAUAAAGACAAACUACCUGUUGAGAAAUGA